AAGUGUGAGAACUCACGGUUGUAAUUCUCAUCAUUCUCGAUCUCACCAGUCCUAAUCUCUCUUCAAUUUUCUUCAGAAUUUUGAGUUAUAGAUUCGUCGCCACGGAAUAUCUGAGUUUGAUUUCCGCCGUUCAGUCGAGAAGAUGGGAAAAUUUCAACGUCUCGUAGACAUCGUCCUAAUAUUUUAUUUCUGUUCAUUAACGACGUCAGGGACGACGGCUCCCACCGAGUCGAAAGAUAUUGACGCAAAAAAUGAUUUGGAGUUACGAUUAGUCAGCGCGGUGUUUAGACACGGCGAUCGCACGGUAGACAGGACGAGUCGAGAAUCUUAUCCAAAUGACCCAUAUAAAAGUAACAAUUUCUAUCCGGCUGGCGACGGGCAGUUAACUAAUGCCGGCAAGAAAAGAGCGUACAAGUUAGGGCUGAUGCUGAGAGACAGAUACAACAGUUUUCUCGGGGAUGUGUAUUAUCCACCGAAUGUCUACGCACGUAGCACGUGGCUGACUCGUUCCAAGAUGACCCUACAGUUAGUUCUCGCGGCGCUUUACCCGCCUGUUGACAUUCAAAAGUGGAACUCAGAGCUUCCUUGGCAACCGAUGGAUUUGAUUUAUAUCUCACAGUAUGAGGAUGAUUUACUGGUUCCAAUUGGGUGUCCUACAUACAUCGAAGCUCACAAGAAUCUGGUACAAAGUCCAGAAGUGAAAAAGAAAAUAGGAGAGUUUAAUAAUUUGAUGGAGAUAGCGUCAAAUUAUACAGGACGAAACAUCACUGAUCUCACCGGCCUCGUUCUCUUGUACAGUACUUUAUAUGCGCAAUCAUUAAUGGAAUUGCCUUUGCCUGAGUGGACGCAAGACAUAUUUCCGGAUGGCAAACUUUUUGAUGCGGCUCUCUUAUUCUUAGACCUACUUAGUUACGACCAGUUAAAUAAUCUCAAUGGAGGUGUAUUAUUGAGGAGACUAAUUGACGAUAUGAAUAAAGUGAUCAACGGGACUCUGGGCGAUCGAAAGAUUAAUCUUUUCUCCGCACAUGACUUAAAUGUGGCUGGAAUAUUACACGCUCUAAAUAUAUCCGAACGUCGUUUACCGGCAUAUACGAGUAGCGUUAUCGUAGAAUUACAUGAAAAAACCGGGAUGUAUUUUGUCAAAGUGUUACAUUACUUAGGUAUUCCAGCGGAAAUACUAGAAGUUAGCAUUCCCGGUUGCGAAAUAUUAUGUCCGUACAAUAAGUUUGUCGAAUUAACGGCGUCCACUAAAGCAUUUGAACACACAUGUCGUCCAGCGAAUGCGAAAAUAAACAGAACUUCUAAAGCGUUUGCUCUGUUUGAAAUUUAAUGGGACAUCUUUGACUGAAGCUUCAAAGCUUUUAUAACUCACAAAUUGACUAUCCACAGUGAUUUUUCAUUUACAAAGUACAUAUUACUCGCUUAUUAUAAAUAGAAUCAAAAUCAACCGAGAUUACAUUAUGUCGAAUGGAAAAUGAGGAAUUCUAUUUUGACAUAUAUAUUAUCAUUGACAGCUCAAUUUUAUUUGAAUUGACAUAACAAAUAAGUAAUCGAUAAAGCAAAAACGUGUUUUGUAAUGUCUCGUUUUAAAAUGUCUUGAAUUUUACAAUGUGUAAAGCGUCACGAAUAUCGUCUCCUGUCUAACAUAAUAAAAUCGGCGUGGCACGACGGUUUUAUUACAUUUUCCUCAUUAUAUCCGGUAUCGUACCGUCGAAAACUAGAUGCCCAUACGAUCGCGGAAAGUUAAGUUCGUUAAGUAUGCUCAGAGCCGUGUCUUAUCGAAGACACGGAGCUCAGAUCCUCCGCCUACCGUGCCGUAGCAUAACAAUUACCCUAUUAUUUCGCACACACCACCGCGCACCGCGCCGCGGCGAUUCGUUGGGCCUAUACACCGCACAUUUCCGUUCCACGAUAUACUCCCCAACUUCCAUUAAGGCUAAAUCUUUUCGGCCGUCGCGUAAGCAGAUAUCAACGCUGAAGUUUAAUUUGCUCUUCUACGUUAUUGCCACUUACGGCCGCCGACGAACAUUAUUUUAAUUUGAUUUUGUAUAAAGAGUCGAUCUCUUAUAAUGCGAGGAAAAUUGUUACUAGAAUAGAUAUAUUACUUUUAUAUAUACAUACAUAUA